GCCUCGACGUCACGCAACCUGCAGCAAAAAUGGCCGGGCCGCGCGCAGGAAACCCAAGGGCCAAUGGCGCCAGUGGGGACACCUCCAACAACAAGCAGUCGCUCACAGAGGCCUUUGACAAGGAGCUGUAUGGCGGAAACAACGGCGACUAUGUCAGCUCCAUCGCUGUCGGUGAUCAGGAUGACGACAUGGACGACGUGCAGCUCAACGGCCGGAGCCUGGUUGGCCAAUACACAGCCUCCAAGGAGAUGAUGAACGAGUUUGCGCACGGCGACGCGGGCGAGGCAGACAUCCUCGACAGCCGCGAGAAGCAGGCCCAGAUUGCGUCGCGCGAGACCGAUUACCAGCGAAGACGGUUCGAUCGCGCCCUCUCCCCCGCGCGCGCCGACCCCUUUGCCAAAGAUGGCGAUGAAGCCGGCCAGUCGUACAAGGAUGUCAUGAAGCAACGCGAGUUUGAACGCGAGGAGGCGCGUGUGCAGAAAUUGAUCGAGGACAAGGAACGGUCUGGAGGCAACGAGGUUCUCGAUCACAAGCCCACACUCAAAGACGAUGAUGCCCCUGCCGCCGUCGACGGCGACAAAACCCCGCCUAUGAAAAAGACCCGCAAAAGGAGACGGUGGGAUGAGGUUGCAGACGACGAGGCCCCUGCGGCCAAGCAAGAUGGCAAGGAAGAAGAAGAAGAAGAAGAAGAAGGGGCAGAGCCCAAGAAGCGCUCGCGAUGGUCACCGGCGCCAGAAGACACAAAGGAAGCUGCUGCGCCAGCCCGAUCACGUUGGGACACCACUGCUGUGGCCCCUGCAAGCACUGCAACGCCCGCCCCCGCUGCCAGCGGUGCUCAUCCCGUCUCUCAGACUUUUGCCUUUGGUACCGACAUCUCGAGCCGCAACGCCCCGCUGUCCGAUGAGCAACUCGAUAUGAUGCUCCCGGGCGAGGCCGAGGGCUACAAGAUCCUCGAGCCACCGCCAGGCUAUGAGCCCGUCCGACGACCAGUUGGCAUGCCCGCUCUCCCGACUGGAUACCAGGGCUUCUUGAUUCCGGAAGCAGACAACAGCUUGGCUGCCAUGGGCAAGCAGCUGCCGACGGAAAUCCCUGGUGUCGGAGAUUUGCAAUUCUUCAAGAACGAGGACAUGAAGUACUUUGGAAAGCUCACGGACGGCGCCGACGAGAACGAAAUGACCGUGGAGGAACUCAAGGAGCGCAAGAUUAUGCGAUUGCUACUCAAAGUCAAGAAUGGAACACCGCCGAUGCGAAAGACUGCGCUUCGGCAGCUUACGGACAACGCCAGGCAGUUUGGUGCUGGGGCUCUGUUCAACCAGAUUUUGCCACUUUUGAUGGAGCGCACCCUCGAAGACCAGGAGCGGCAUUUGCUGGUCAAAGUCAUUGACCGUGUCCUGUACAAGCUCGACGACCUCGUUCGACCCUACGUCCACAAGAUCCUGGUCGUCAUCGAGCCGCUCCUUAUCGACCAAGACUACUAUGCUCGUGUCGAAGGUCGAGAAAUCAUUUCCAACCUCGCCAAGGCUGCUGGUCUGGCCCACAUGAUCAGUACGAUGCGUCCGGACCUGGACCACCAAGACGAAUACGUCCGAAACACGACCGCUCGAGCCUUUGCCGUCGUCGCAUCCGCCCUCGGUAUUCCCGCCCUACUGCCCUUCCUUCGAGCCGUUUGCCGAUCCAAGAAGUCAUGGCACGCACGUCACACUGGCGUAAAGAUUAUUCAGCAGAUACCCAUCCUCAUGGGUUGUGCGAUUCUGCCUCAUCUAAAGGGACUCGUCGAGUGUAUUGGCGAGAACCUCAACGAUGAGCAGCCAAAGGUCCGCAUGGUCACAGCUCUCUCCCUUGCCGCUCUUGCGGAAGCUGCCAGCCCCUAUGGUAUCGAAUCUUUUGACGAUAUCCUCAACCCUCUCUGGACUGGAGCCCGUCGCCAGCGCGGCAAGGCUCUUGCGUCUUUCUUGAAGGCUGUGGGUUAUGUCAUUCCGCUCAUGGACGAGGAGUACUCCAACUACUACACCAGCCAGAUCAUGGAGAUUGUCAUCCGCGAGUUCCAAUCGCCCGACGAGGAAAUGAAAAAGGUCGUCCUCAAGGUCGUUUCCCAGUGCUCAAACACGGCCGGUGUCACUCCAGUCUACCUCAAGGACAACGUCUUGCCCGAGUUCUUCAAGCACUUUUGGGUACGACGCAUGGCUCUCGACAAGCGCAACUACCGACAAGUAGUGGACACGACAGUCGACCUGGCGCAAAAGGCCGGUGUUUCGGAGAUUGUAGGCCGUAUUGUUAACAACAUGAAGGACGAGAACGAAGCAUACCGUAAGAUGACUGUCGAAACCAUCGACAAGGUGAUUAGCACGCUGGGCGCACAUGAUGUCGACCAGCGUCUGGAGGAGCAGCUUAUUGAUGGUGUGCUUGUCGCUUUCCAGGAUCAGACUAUCGAGGAUCCCAUUGUCAUUGACGGUUUUGCCACGGUUGUCAAUGCGCUCGGCGAGCGUACCAAGACCUAUCUUCCUCAGAUUGUUGCGACGGUCCUGGCUAGGCUCAACAACAAGUCUGCCACUGUCCGCCAGCAAGCCGCAGACCUCAUCUCCCGGAUUACUUUUGUAAUGCAAAAGUGUGACGAGGAUCCCCAGCUCAUCAAGCUUGCGCAGGCAUUGUACGAAUACCUUGGUGAGGAAUACCCUGAGGUGCUUGGUUCCAUCCUCGGUGCUCUUCGUGCCAUCGUCACAGUUGUUGGUCUCCAUGCCAUGCAACCGCCCAUCAAGGAUCUCUUGCCCCGCCUCACACCCAUUCUUCGUAAUCGGCACGAAAAGGUACAGGAAAACACGAUUGAUCUGGUUGGCCGUAUCGCGGACCGAGGUGCAAACUACGUGAACCCCCGUGAAUGGAUGAGAAUCUGUUUCGAGCUUUUGGACAUGCUCAAGGCCCACAAGAAGGGUAUCCGUCGUGCUGCCAACAACACGUUUGGCUACAUUGCCAAGGCCAUUGGUCCUCAGGAUGUGCUGGCCACUCUUCUCGGCAACCUUCGAGUCCAGGAGCGCCAGUCUCGUGUCUGUACGGCCGUCGCCAUUGGUAUCGUCGCAGAGACUUGUGCGCCAUUCACUGUCCUCCCAGCGCUCAUGAACGAAUACCGUGUGCCUGAACUCAACGUACAGAAUGGUGUUCUCAAGUCGCUCUCCUUUAUGUUCGAGUACAUUGGUGAAAUGGCCAAAGAUUAUGUCUAUGCCAUCACACCACUCUUGGAAGAUGCUCUCAUCGAUCGAGACCAAGUGCACCGUCAGACUGCCGCCUCUGUAGUCAAGCAUGUCGCUUUGGGUUGUGUCGGUCUCGACUGCGAAGAUGCCAUGAUCCACUUACUGAACCUUCUGUGGCCGAACCUUUUCGAGACUAGUCCUCACGUCAUUGACAGGAUCAUCGAAGCUAUUGAGGGUGUUCGCAACGCAAUCGGCACUCCUCUUGUCAUGAAUUACGUAUGGGCCGGUCUUUUCCACCCCGCCCGCAAGGUCCGCCAGCCUUAUUGGCGCAUCUACAACGACGCAUACGUUCAGAGCGCCGAUGCCAUGGUUCCGGCGUACCCGGCGUUUGAGGAGGACCAGGUUAAGAGACAUGAACUGGACAUCUUCAUCUAACGUAAGAUUCACAGUACUUCCUUUGAUCUUUGCGCCUGGGGCCACCACUUCGGCGUUGCGUUGCAUUUACCUCUAUCAGUUUGGGACAAGGUUUCUGGUUUGAGCAGUCAUGGGUCAGUGUCCUUGUGGUUGGGCUCACAUUGCUUAUCAUGUACAUCACAGUAGGGGUUAGAUCGGAGUAUGCGGCGUUCUGGUACGCUACAAGGAUUCUGGACUGCCACCGGGGCCACUUCGUAGGACUACGUAUGGUAACAAGAUAAUUUGC